GACGUGUGUUGUGUAUAGCGCACGUAAAAGAACACAUUGCACUUUUCAAAAAGAGCCCCGCGGUGUUCCUUGUUUGAAUGGCAGCAUAUUGUGCCACAGCACAUUGUUAAGCAAAACAUGGUGCUAAGUAAGGAGUAUAUCUCAUUUAUUUCAAACAUUAUAGUCCCACAUACCUUGCAAGGAAAUACUGAACGUCAAAAAGCUCGGAGUGACAGAUAAACAAGAAUCCAUUAUUGUUAUUAUUUAUUCCCGCUUAACAUUAUUCUCCGCAGAGACCGUUGCCAGAACAUUAUGUUUACUACAAUCAAAGCAUUCAUCCCAGUAUCGUUGCACCCUACAUCUAUGAAGGUCAUAGCCAUAGCAUUAGCUCUGAAUGCUUCCAUAGCUGACCUACAGCGUCUGGAUCCUCCACGACCACUCGAAAAUUUCAGCUACUCCAAUGACGAGAUGGCUAGAGUCAUCCUCAAGAACGCUGACAACCGUGACUUCACCGGAUUACUGGGGCAAGUUCUGAUCAAGGACGGGCAAAGACAGACGGAGAAUAUCUACGUGGAACAGGUUCACGGGGACAAGUUUGAGAAUGUCAUGAUUUACAAAGUACAGACACAAGAGUUUCAACCUGGAGGAACAGAGCUUAUGUGGGAGAUCACAUCCCAGUUGACGGUAUUAGUAGAAGGACAGUGAUCCAGGAGAUAUCUUCAACAGCUCGUAUCACGCUCUUCUCUCUCGCCUCACUCGGCUCUGUCAUGGGUUUGACGUUCCUCUUCAUCAACAUCAAAUACAAACAUAAGAGGGCCAUCAAGAUGUCAAGCCCUUCCCUGAGUAACCUGACUGUAGUCGGUUGUCUGCUUCUCUACGCAUCAGUCUUUGCCUUAGGAUGGGAAAAGACUAACCUGCCUGACUCGGCCAUCUUCAUCAAGUGCCAUGUUGAGAGGAUGCUGAUAUCUCUUGGACUAUCUCUGACCUUUGGUUCUGUUUUCAUGAAGACAUAUCGGAUACAAGCAAUCUUCGCUGUCGCCGUCAAGAAGUUCAAACAAAUUGAUCUACCAGACUGGAAACUUAUCAGCGGCGUGUUGAUGAUUUCUGUCAUUGAUUGUGUCAUUACGUUGGACACGACCUACUUGAACCAGACAUUCUUGGAGGCACAGUGUGUUAGCUACAGACAAAUGAAGUCUGCCCCUCCAAGAUGCCUGAUUUGAAGCUGACAGGUGUCGAGAUUCAACGAUGUCUUCUCCAUAUCAACAGGUCAUCUUUCAAGUGCUUCGACGAUGACGACUUGAUGCUGUUCAAUGAUGAUGAAUAUUUCUAGUGCGGCCUACGACAGCUGCCCACCUUAGCAAGCUGACAGCUGCCCGCCUGGAAACAAAGAAAACAAAGCGGCUUCUCAAGGUGGUUGACUAUCAUGAGAGUAGUUUCCAAGACUUUGUCGGACACAAUGAUGCCGUUCAGCUUGUCCACUUUACACCCUCUGGCAAACAGGUCUUCACUGUAGCAUACAAUCAGCACGGUGUGGGAGGUUGUGGUGUAAAUGGAACGGUAACCAUUGAGCUAGUCAGGGCCCAAUUUCAUACAGCUGCUAAGCACAAAAAUUGCUUAGCAUGAAAUAUUUGCCUUGAUAAAAACAAG